GUGCAUCGUAGUCGGUCGACGCGAUCGGUCCGUUGUAGAUUGGAGUCGGUUUAGGUGUUGUGUUACGUGUGUUUUUUUCUGCUCGAACUCGGCAUUCCAGACACCUGUGUGUUGUGGGGUCUUCCGUUAUCAAGAUCAACAACCCUGUGCAUGUGUGUAAUGAGAGUGAUAAGAACCAGAAUAAACAUCUUCUGUCGUGGAGUUUGUGAUGAAGUGGUGGGACCAGCAACUGGCUAAUGUUUGGAAUUGAAUUUGCCUUGAGGGGAUUGAUUGUAGAAGCAAAAAAAAAACAUCUUUCUCGGUUCUAUGUGCCAAGUAGAAAAGAGAGAAGAAUCGUGAGAUCAGAUCGAUGUAGAUAUCGUUGCGCAAGAAGAGCACUCUAAGUGUGUUGCCCCGAGAUGAUCUAAAAAGGCAGAAUAACUAGGCAAGGGUUGUGUAACCACGAAACGAAUUGAUCGUUUUAAUUGAGCAGUGAAAUUAAGAUACCACUCGAAUAAUUAAACCCAAUAUACCAAAGUGUAUCGACAAGGAAGAUUGAAAUUUGUGAAACCCCUACUUACAGUGAAGUUUGGAUAUGGCCGCCGAAAGACAACAGCGGAUAUUGCCGUUAGGAAAGGCCCAACCAUGAUGACAAGGUGUAAAAAUCGAUGUUCCAGUUGAUGGUCACGGGCCGGGAAUGGGAUGGACCGUGUGAGCAAAUGAAUGAACAGCCAUCAUGAAGCCGAUCACGUUCGAGUCGAUCAGGAAUCUGCUCAAGACUAAGAAGAAGCAGAAAGACAAAUCCAGUAUCGAUCAGAGCUUUAAGCGGAGCGAUUCAUUCAAGCGCAUCAGCAUCCGCAAGAGCUAUCUCGAGCGUGGUCGGAAACGUAAUGGCUCGGCGGUCCUUCGGAGUUCGAACAAAAAUUUGGUCAACAUCAAUGAAUUCGAAGACCAGGCGAAGGUGGUUAAACAGCCGGAUAAGCUAGCGAAAGCUUCUACCAGCAACGAAAGCCACCCACCUCCACCCAUAGUUAAAGAUGCUCCCUCGAGGCCGAUUCACGAGCUUACCUUCGAGGAAAAGCUGGAAUCCAACGAUGCAUCGCUGGACGAAAAAAUCCGCGCACUUCAGGAAAUUAACGACCGGUACAUCAGCGAAAAUCAAAACCUUAUCGAGCAAACUUACGAGGCUAGCAAGCAUGUGGAGAAAAUCAAAAUCAAGAAACCUCCACGGCCCUCCAAGCAGGGUCUCAAAAAGAACCGAACUAACGAAGUUCAAAAUGAAACCCAAAAUGAUCUCAAAUCGAAAAGUACCGAAUCACUGGACACGCUCACUUCCAGCGGUACGAUAGAAUCCUUAAGCCGAGCGAAAAAUAUUUCCCACGUGAAUAUCAGCGCCUCCGAUGUAAUCUUCGAAGAAGAUGAAAGUGCUGUCUACACUUUCGAACCGGAAACACAUUCCGUUAGUCGCAAGACGGAGGAUACAACGGAUGAUAAAUCGUUCUACAGCAUCAGUACCUUCACGAUCGAGAGCAACACCAUGAACAACACCCACGCUUCUUCGAAGAAAUCUUUCCGCAGCAGUUUCAGCACAACAGCCAAAAUGAAAGAGCUUCCUACAUUGGUCACAAUAAAAACUUAUUGCGAACCCAACGCUUCCAUUCAAUCUACAACACACGUGAACGAAAAAUAUCUAGAAACUAGCUUCGACAGCUAUCCAGAAGACACACUGGCCCAAAGAACGGCAAAACUCGACCUCAAUGCCAAGGAAUCAUCCAGUCUGAACAAAGCUGCAAUGAAGAGCAACAAAAUGGCUGACGUUAAAACAUCCUCGCUGAAGGACAAUCGAUCGAAGAUCAACACUCAAACGUUUAAGCUUAUUCGCAGCAAAUCCCGCGAAGGCAUUGUCAUACGAAUACCAGCAAUAGACAACGAUCCCGAACCUGGUAGUAAGCCAAAGCUCGACAGAGAAAAGGAACCGGAAAACCUCAAUCGACAGCUGAGUAACGAUUCAGCUUUGGAUCUGAUCGAUGCCGAAAUCAAGGUCGAUGAAAAAGAUAUGAAGAACAAGGCCGCGUUGGAAGCGAAAAAUCAGAAAAACAAAUACAAAAAGAAAGUCAAAAAGACCAGCAGCAAAACGGCGACGCUAGAUUUCGAAGAUUGCAAACACCACACCUUCAAGAGUCACGACAAUUUUGAACUCGAAAAGGUGAGAUCACCGACGAAAGAACGCGGGGAUCCAAAGUUCAUAUUUCCGAGUAACUAUUUCGAAGAAGAAAAUAACAUUUUCUAUGACCAAACGGUUUUCGAUGAAACGGAAGAUCCCUCCCCCGAGAACAGCAUCCCAUAUGCGCUCCGCAUCAAAGAAAAUCCUUUCACCAAGAACAAGGAGUUCUACUCCAUCAAUACCGGAAGGAUAUGGAAGCAGUUGAACUUGGGACAGGAGGAGGAUCUUUCCAUACUUUCAGCAGCACCGAGAAUGCCUGUUCCGAAAACAAAAAAUGAAUCCUUCAAAUCGAUGUCCUCAAGGGACUCCGGGUUCAGCCUAACACUAACCAAACCUAAGAAUCUUUUCCGAAGGAAAUCCAAAAAAGCAACACUUCUACAGAGAAGGAAACCCAAACUGGCUGUCAGUAAAGAUGGAUACUUUAAGCGGGUUAUGGUCGUACAGCGUAAUUCUUCCAAGAGAAAGCGAUCCCUUCGGAAGACGCGAAUGGCUAGCAAGGAUAUUUUUCGAAAAAUGUACGACGAGAAUUGGAUCAAACUUGGAGAUGGUUUCGACGAUGAGUGUGCUCCAGAUUUUGCCCGAGAUUUUGAAAUUUUUUGCAACGACCGAAGGUAUGAUCAGGAAAUUCAUGAUCUUGAAGCUUUCUACGAGGAGCACCUGAAGCGGUUGACCCAUUACUAUAUCCAAAAGAAGAAAAUGAACGAGGCAGCUAUCAAGGAGUUCUACCGGGACUAUAGUGCCGACGAUUUGGAGGAAGAUAAUGAUUAUUACGAUUCCUUCAUCGCGACACGCAACGAUACCAUCCGAUUCAAGAACGAUAUUCAGAAAAGGUACUUUCAAGGCAAGGAGAGCGAAACGUCGUUGGAGUUUAUGUUUCCGCAUCCGGACAAGCGAAAAGCCGGUGCAAGUACCUCGGCGAAGCAGAAAGGGAAAGCGAAACGGCACUUAUUUCACGAAGUUCGCCCAUACGGAAGCGCUGUGGAACCACUAGGCCAUCACCAGCACAGUUCCGGGCCGGGAGCCACUAAUGGUUUCGAUGGCCAGGUUGAAAUGCGAUUACGCCAAACAUCAUCAGCGGGGGAUAAUUUUCAAUUACUGGCCCCUGUAAAAAUUGAUCGAUCUCGACAUGAGACGAAGAAUGGCAAGAAAGAAGGUCAAGUGCAUGAGAUCUCGCUUGCCAGCAUGUUUCCGUCGGUUGAUGGGAAGCUGAAAAACGGUGCCGGAGAACAUGGGCGUAAUGGCGAUGAUGAUGAUGAUGACGAUGAUGAAGAUGACGACGACGAUGAUGGAGAGUUUAGUGAAAAUGAAUUUCUAAUUAAUAGCAUCGGUGAAAACUUGUAUUGCGUGCGGUGCGACAAGGUUAACAGUGACUGUGAAUGUUACGACGAUACGACGGAAACGCCCAAUGAUAUCAGUAACGACAAUGACGAUGAUGAAAAUCCGACGGCGAACAACAAUGCUCCAGGUGAAGAAAACGAUGAUGAAGAUGAAAAUUACUGUGACGUUUUCGAUUGUAACGAUAUCAAUAUUGUGCACGUGAAUCAUAAGAAAAAAGUUAAAAGGAAGAAAUCGAAGAAACGGGUCCGGAAAAAUCAUUCGACCUUGAGACGAGGCAACUAUUGGGGAGACAUCACACAGAAAGGAUACGAGAAGAAGAGGACGCGACUUUUGCAGCCAUAUUUAGCCAAAAACGCACAGCAAGGUGGCGGUGGUGGAGGAAAUAAUCCCGGUUAUGUAAAUGACAUCCAAUCACACCUGCACCAUCCUUCAUCCCAGCAAAAGCAGAACAUUUUCGCCUCUUCCGGAAGUGGUGGAGGUGGAGGAGGAGGUGGUGGUGGCGGCGGAAGUAGAGAUCAUAACGAUCGCUCCAGUAGUGGCCAUCACCACCAGCAGCAGAUCCAACAGAACCGCACCAGGCGUAGCACCCAACGCAAGGUCACGCACAAUGAGAAAAGAUACCAUUCAGCCGCUGGACGGCCCGAUGUGUAUCAUCAUCUUCACCAACAACACCAACAUCCAGUCGAAAUCCAGUCCACGCAACAGGCUCGGCCAGGUCACUAUCAGUCAACGACUACUUCAUCCGGUUCCGGGUCUUCCGCCGAACAUCAUCGAAAAGAUGGACCAGCAUCGCUCGGUACCAGCUUCAGCAAUAUGGCGCUGCAUUCGCCGGCCAUUGUUGCCGCUGCAGCCGCCCUCGCGAAAUCACCCUCUAAAUCUGGCAUACCGGUGGCGGAACGGACGGCUCAAAUAAUCGACAACCCUGUGAUAAUGCGUCAGAAACCGCACAACCAUCCUCAUCACCAACAACAGUAUUUAAGACAACAGCCGUUGCCACAGGCGGCCGCGGCGGCUGGUAUUAUGAAUCAACAGCCGCCGCCCCCACCGCUAGAGACGAACUUCGAUCGAACAAGUAAUAAUAACCAAGAGCCCGCUAGUAAUAGUAGAAAUAAUAGAAGAAUCGGGCGACACGAGAGUCGUUACACCAGUGAAGUACGUCAGGAAGCUGUACAGCAAGCAUUAGCUGCAUUAAAAAACCGCCCCAAACCUAGCUUACCAAUGCCAUCCAAGCGCAGCUCAGUGCUUAACCGUAGUCCCGAGCGCGAUCAUGACGACUCAGAUUCCAGUACCGAAGACGAAUCCAUUCCUGAGGAAGGAGUUCUGGGCGGAAGGAUCUCUACACCCGAUCGUGAUAACUACAAUCUCCCAAGGGAUCACAUACUUGGGCGGGAACCGAUGAAACUCCCCUCAUCCCGAGAUCACCAUCACUCUCAAAAACAGCCAAACCAACCUUUGCCUGUAGAAAGGCGGCCUCCUCAAAGUAUACCGAUCCAAACAACGACUCAACAUGCAACCCUCUCCGAUACCUCCAGUGCGGGAUCUCCGCCAGCUGUUCACAGAACCUACUACAAUCAGAAGAACAGCUAUGAUAUCACCGAUAUUUCCGAAUAUCACCCACGUGCGUACGCUGAACCCGAUAUCACACAAUUCAGUGCCAAUACCAGACGAGGUGCAGAUCGCGUCACUCGUUACGUGAACCUCUCAAACCAAGAACCCGGAGAUACGGGUACAGCUGGCCGCUGGAAAGUAUCCGCAAAAAUCCAACAAUUGCUCAACACAUUGAAGCGACCCAAACGACGGCCGUUGCCUGAGUUUUAUGAAGACAAUGACAUAGAACUUGAAAUAGCUGCGAACCCCAAAGAUCCCAAUGCGCCCAAACCAGAAGGUAGCGUCAUGACACCCGUACAAGGUGAACAACUUAUCGUACCCUCGGGACUGCCAAGAACGCUCGAGGCAGCCUUGCAAAGGUAUGGUACCAGCUCUUUCAAGGCCCCUAUGGCCACUGUUCUAGAUCCUAAUGGUAAAAUGACCACGACACUUACCUACGGCAAAUUGCUGUCCCGCGCACAAAAGAUCGCCUACGCUUUGUCGACAAAGGUAUUCAGCAAAGGUCCGGAACAAAUUUCGCUCAAGCCGGGAGAUCGGGUAGCCCUUGUCUACCCGAACAGUGAUCCUCUCAGCUUCCUUACGGCAUGGUACGGUUGUAUGUUCCGCGGAUUGGUGCCAUUGCCAAUCGAGUUGCCCCUGUCUAGUUCGGAUUCGCCUCCGCAACAGGUCGGUUUCCUGCUGAGCUCUUGCGGUGUCCAGGUAGCAUUGACUUCAGAAGCCUGCUUGAAAGGUUUGCCAAAAUCUUCCACCGGCGAAGUGGCAAAACUGAAAGGCUGGCCCAGGCUUCACUGGUUCGUAACGGAGCAUUUGCCUAAGGUCCCGAAAGACUUUAACACCAACAAUAAUCGGAUCAGCGAAGAUUCUAUUGCGUACAUAGAAUACACCACGGACAAGGAAGGCAGCGUCAUGGGUGUUACCGUAACACGCCAGUCCAUGAUCAACCAUUGCCGAGCGCUGACAAUGGCUUGCCAUUACACGGAAGGCGAAACUAUUGUUUGUGUUCUGGACUUCAAGCGGGAAGUUGGACUAUGGCACAGUGUCCUAACAUCCGUUUUGAAUGGAAUGCACGUUUUGUUUAUUCCGUACGCUUUGAUGAAACUGAAGCCAUCGUCAUGGAUGCAACUUAUCACGAAAUACCGUGCUUCAUGCUGUUUGGUCAAGAGCCGAGAUCUGCAUUGGGGUCUACUGGCAACCAAGGACCACAAGGAAAUUUCGUUGUCAUCACUUAGAAUGCUGUUGGUUGCAGACGGUGCUAAUCCAUGGUCCCUCUCAAGCUGCGAUCAAUUCUUGAGCGUAUUCCAGUCUAAAGGACUGCGGGCGGAUGCCAUUUGUCCAUGUGCCAGUAGUUCAGAAGUUUUCACCGUGUCACUGAGGCGUCCAGGCCGUUCUGCAGGUGGAUACAGUCAGUCUGCAACCGGUCGUGGAGUUCUCUCGAUGGCAGCUCUUUCGCAUGGAGUUGUACGAGUAGACAGUGAAGAUUCAUUGACUUCUUUAACGCUUCAAGAUUGUGGCCAAGUUAUGCCUAGUGCAACAAUGGUGGUGGUCAAUGCAGAAGGCCCUCCAGUGCUUUGCAAAACAGAUCAAGUUGGUGAAAUAUGCGUCACUUCGGGAUCAACUGGAACAACCUACUACGGACUAGACGGAAUGACAAACGCAACCUUCAAAGUUCAACCGCUUACAGAACCUCCUCCGGCCAAAGAAGGUGAACCACAGACCCCGGGCAAACCAAUCAGUGACGAAUCGUAUGUGCGUAGUGGAUUGCUUGGCUUUUUAGGCCCGGGUGGCCUAGUGUUCGUGUGUGGUUCAAGAGAUGGUUUGAUGACCGUUACUGGUCGGAAGCACAAUGCUGAUGACAUUAUCGCCACAGUGCUGGCUGUGGAACCGAUGCGAUUCAUUUAUCGUGGCCGUAUUGCUGUCUUUAGCAUACGAGUUUUACGGGAUGAGAGAGUCUGUGUAAUAGCAGAACAACGACCGGACUGCUCCGAAGAGGAAUCAUUCCAAUGGAUGUCCAGAGUUCUCCAAGCGGUUGAUUCCAUCCAUCAGGUUGGAAUUUACUGCCUGGCUCUGGUCCCACCUAAUCAUUUGCCGAAAACACCACUGGGAGGAAUUCAUUUGACUGAAGCUAGACGGAGAUUCUUGGAAGGAUCCUUGCAUCCUGCCAAUGUACUCAUGUGCCCCCAUACUUGUGUAACUAAUCUGCCAAAGCCGAGAGAACUUCAUCAUGGUUCUAUCCAACAACUUCAAAUUUCUGGCACUACGCCAUCGUCGUCCACCUCUAUAAAUACUACCGGAACAGAUGCCUCGGUGGGGCCCGCCUCGGUCAUGGUUGGCAAUCUGGUGCAGGGUAACCGGCUGGCGUCCGCUCAGGGACGCGACAUUGGGCUGGCGGACGACAACGAACGCAAGCAUCAACUAAUAACUGGCGUGUUGCGGUGGCGUGCAAAUUCAUCCCCGGAUCAUGUCCUCUACACUCUGCUGAACUCCAAGGGGGCGGUUGCUAAGACUUUGACCUGUUCCGAGCUGCACAAGCGAGCCGAGAAGAUUGCAGCACUGUUGCAGGAACGCGGAAAAGUCAACCCUGGCGAUCAUGUUGCACUGAUUUUCCCACCGGGUUUGGAUUUGAUUUGCGCCUUCUACGGCUGCCUCUAUCUUGGAGCGAUUCCUGUGACGAUAAGGCCACCACACCCACAGAACCUCAUAACUACUCUGCCCACCGUACGGAUGAUUGUGGAUGUGUCCAAGAGUGGAAUCAUCUUGUCGAUUCAAAGUAUCAUAAAGCUGCUCAAAUCUCGGGAAGCAGCUACAUCAAUUGAUCCGAAGAGCUGGCCUGUUAUCUUAGACAUUGAAGACAAUCCGAAGCGUAAACUAGCAGCGAUAGCCAACAGUACACUGGAUUCGACGGCGUAUAUUGAUUUCAGCGUAUCCACAUGUGGUCGUCUGAGCGGAGUUAUUAUUUCGCAUCGGUCACUUUCAAGUUUGUGUGCUAGUUUGAAACUUGCAUGUGAAUUGUAUCCUAGUCGUCAUGUAGCCCUCUGUCUGGAUCCUUACUGUGGUUUAGGCUUCUCAAUGUGGACACUGAUCAGUGUUUACAGUGGACACCAUUCGAUUCUGAUAGCACCGUACGAGGUUGAAGCAAACCCGAGUUUGUGGCUAAGUACGUUAUCGCAAUACCGAGUACGUGACACGUUCUGCUCAUAUGGUGUUAUUGAGUUAUGCACCAAAGCACUAAGCAAUUCGAUUCAGAUGCUAAAGCAGCGUAACGUGAAUCUAGGGUGUGUCCGCACGUGCGUUGUCGUGGCCGAAGAACGCCCACGAGUCCAGCUAACUCAACAGUUCUGCAAGCUGUUCCAGGCGCUGGGGCUUAACACUCGAUGCGUUUCGACUUCUUUCGGAUGUCGUGUGAAUCCGGCCAUAUGCGUGCAAGGAGCAAGCUCUGCCGAAAGUGCUCAGGUCUAUGUAGAUUUGCGUGCUCUGCGAAACAAUCGAGUGGCACUGGUGGAACGUGGCGCACCGAAUUCGCUAUGUCUAGUUGAAUCCGGCAAACUGCUACCUGGAGUCAAGGUGAUCAUUGCUAAUCCCGAUAGCAAGGGUCAAUGUGGCGAUUCUCACCUGGGAGAAAUAUGGGUUCAAUCACCUCAUAAUUCCAACGGGUAUUUCACGAUUUACGGUGACGAAACAGAUUACAACGAUCAUUUCACUGCAAAAUUAGUCACUGGUUACAAUACAAGCGAACCAUGGGCACGAACCGGUUAUUUAGGAUUCCUUCGACGAACUGAAUGCUCCCAAGCGUGCUCUGUUCUAGACGAAACUACACCAAGCAUUGCCAGCAAGGACUCCGACACCGAGUCCAUACAUUCACAGGGUCAAAACACGCUGAAUUCUACGACAAGUUCCAACGCUGCCAAUACAACUAUUGGAGGUAGUAGUGGGAAUGAGCAGGAACUGCAUGACGCCGUCUACAUCGUUGGUGCAUUGGACGAAGUUAUUACGCUGCGGGGCAUGUACUAUCAUCCAAUUGAUAUCGAAAACUCCGUGCUUCGAUGCCACAAGAAGAUAGCCGAGUGUGCCGUUUUCACGUGGACGAAUCUAUUGGUUGUUGUUGUGGAACUGGAUGGCAACGAAUCGGAAGCUCUGGAUUUGGUACCACUUGUGACGAAUACGGUCUUAGAGGAGCACCAACUGAUCGUUGGCGUGGUCGUGGUUGUCGAUCCCGGCGUGGUUCCUAUUAACAGCAGAGGCGAGAAGCAGAGGAUGCACCUGAGGGAUGGAUUCCUGGCCGACCAGCUUGAUCCUAUCUAUGUUGCCUACAACAUGUAAAUAGAUGAUAACAUUAUUUCCUCUGCACAAACGUGUACGGAAAAGCGAAGCUGCCGGUUGAGUGUGAUCUGUGCCUCUUAUUUGUUAGCCAUGUAAGCGCUAAAUUUCCGAGUGCUGAUCAAGCCCUCGAGGAAACCGAAAUAAGGGCUAUCAUACAAAACAUUAGAUCAUUGCCAAAUACUGGGAUAACAUCGACCAGCAGAAGGAAGGGCAAAUUGAUACAAAUUGUUUAAAAGAAAACCCAACGCACAUCACACAGCAUAACAAGCAAGCACGUGCCCAGUUGUUUCAACAUAAGUGUUGAAGUCAAAUUAACACAAAACCUCGACGAUUGUGUUUCAGUUGGUAGAUAACUGCUCCGCAGAUAUGCCACACAUCCAUACUGUUACGUACGAACGCAAACUUUUUAUUUCUCGAUGCCGGGAAAUUCGACAGCAAUGAUGUUCUGAAGGCAAUGCACUGUAUAUAUAAAUAUUUUCUGUAAAUUGUUUGAACUAAAAAAUGACCUACUUUCAUUGAAAUUGGAUAAACUUGUAAUUUUAAUAUUGUAAUUUGGUGAUUUAUGUGAUUGUCGUCGCUGUAACGAGCUUAGUUGAUAAUAUUCCCUUCGCCAUGUCUACUUAGUGACACGUGAGAAUUAUAUUCUCCAUUAGAAGAAAAUUUAAAUGCUGUGAAGAUAUAGCGAGUUUGAUUGAAUUCGGAGCCGAACAUGUCGUAAGUGCUUUCAGUAUUUCCUUACAACUAUACUUUGUUUGAUUCGAUAACUUCAGCUGACUUUUUUUUCGACACAUUGUUAAUUUUAACGUUAAAAUCUAGUCUAUUUUGAUUUGUUUUGUAUGUUUUAUUAUUCCGGAUGGACUUCCAUUCUACUUUGUAUAAAUAUUGAUCUUCUUUUAGUUGUGAAUUUUACCUGUUAAUGUUAAUUAUAUUCUUAACAUCAUCCCCAUUAUAGUCUGUCAGAUCUCUGUUCCUUGAAUCGCACAGCUACCACAUAAAACACUCUGUUUUAAAUAUACUUAUCAAACAUUUUGAGGUUUUUAUUUAACCAGCGCAAUUACGUCAUCUAGAAAUAUCAGUAUUUUUUCCUUUUUUUUAUUUUAUUCCAUCAGGAAUAAGUAUAAAUUGCAUAGUGCAUUUUUGGUUUCUAAACAAAGCAAAAGGGCUCUAUCUGAGUGCCACAACUAUAAUUUCAUCUGAAAAAUCUGAUAACACAGAAAUGUAAGGAAACAAUGUUCAAAUUUCCUAAACUAAUCAAAAAUGGAAAUUCUUGUACAGUGCAAAUCAUAUUAGUGACGACCUUGAAAAAUAACUACUAAGGUGUGUAUGAGUUCAAGCUUUUACAUUAUGUACUCUAUUACAGUAGAGCGUAAGUCGCAUUAUCGAUUCCAGAACCGAGUCACCAUGUGAGAAAAUAGACAAUUAAUUAGUUACACCUUUUAUAAAAUUCCACUUUUAACUCUUUCUCUCUUAUUCGCAAACAUACAUAAACUGAAACAUUAAAAACACAAUUGAUAAUUAUCGAGUACGAAAUCGAUUCAAGCGUAAAAAUUUAUCUCUGCUAUCAUUAUAAUGGAAUGGAAAAUGAAACCCCCACGGCCAACGAAAAAGAAUGUGGUUAUUCCGUUAGUUUGAACACCUGAUAUAUUAAACGAACACAAAAUUAAACCGUAAAUUAAUAGACAACAACUAGAAUGGUGGUAUGUACUUUAUAAUCGUUGUUUUUGCGUCAGCAAUCACUAGUACUCGGAAAGGUAAAACGAAAAAGAACAAACUAUUACAUUUGCAAGUUGAAGCGCAUUGAACAAGAAAAAAAAUUCAAACCCCUGAACAAGCGGUGUACUGCUCAUUAAUUUCUGGUAUUGUAUUUUCUUAGUGACAAACUAAUGAAUAAAAUAGUUUGAAGUACAUAUUUAAUUUAGUGAAUAUAUGUAUGUAUUUAGAA